AUGACUUCAAUUUCAUUGCCUGCCACUCUCUUGUCCCAAUUCGAUUCCACUCCCAAUACUCCGCCUCGAUCUCCUCAUGCUCACCGACAACGACCUUCUCGUAAUUCAAACCCGGUGCCUCCGCCGAUCUUCAGCUUCAACCCCGGUUCAGAUGAGAAUGCUUUCGGAACAGGAGGAUCGGAGUCCACAAGUCAACCUUGCCAUACCGUGGCUGCUGAACCUCCUCGUCGAUCUACUCGGCCUCUUCCACUACCUGACUUCAAGUUCAACCCGGGCGCGGAUUUGCCACCAGAAAGCAGCCCAAGUCCCACUCAUCCCGUGCUUCAGGAAAUGGCACUGAAUCAACAGCGCGCUAUCCGGUCCGCACGACCUGCUCCUUUGCCUGCUUUCGCCUUUACUCCGAACCCGUCAUCUACCCAGGCUUCACCGAGUCCGACAAAAUCGUCAUUCGCUGGCGAUGCGCAGCAUUCUGCUCGUACGGGUCAUCGACGACAUGGAAGUGAAUUUGUGGGUGGUGGCAACGAUGGGCCUCAGAUGGUCAGUACGAGCCCUGAGAAACCAGAAUAUCGACCACACCCGCCGAUUACUGGAGCUUCCAGGGGACACGCACACCGUCGCUCGCAAGCUGUUUCUAUCUCUGACAUUGACACUUCUGAGCUGAUCAAAGCGAACGCUUUAGCCAGAGCACGGGCCGGCUCAACACCAACCACCCCGUCAGAUGGUGCACAGGCGAUCUCGUUCCCUCGUGCCAGCCCUCGGAUGCAGCAGUCAAUGUCAAACAUCGUUAGGACCCCACCGUCGUCUCCUCGACGUAGGGGAAGUGUCCCAGGAAUUCGUCCUCGUGUUGGGUUUUCUGAUCAAGUCGACGUCAUUCCACGGCCAUUGUCGUUGAUCUCAUCCGAAACGGAAGGCAGUAAUUCAACUAUCCGGGGAGGUCAUUCCUUGAAUGGGAGCAUUAACUCGACGGCAAGUCCGACGCCACGCCCUUCAUUGGCAGUCAGCUACUCUAGCGACGCCUCGACUUCUCCAGAACGACCACAGACAGCAGGGAGCCUGUCCACUCUCCCGUCUAACAUGGUUUCUAAGGAUGGUUCUGUUUCAAUGAUCAGCCUUCCGAAACGCCCAUUAUCUGCCUCUGGGACGCCAGGGAGUUUGAGCUCAGGCAGUCCCCCCAACAAGAAGAAAUACUUCUGGUUCAAUCAUUCCAAUAGUGGAUCACCAUCAGUCGCUCCCAGAUCGGAACAGGCUGACCCCGCGGACGUGUUUGCGUCCACAUCUUCUCAAGAUCGUUCCUUGAAAGUGUUCGGUGAGCAAUCGCGACCCAAGACCUCAGCCGGUGAAUCGAGUUCCACGUCAAAGAAGCGAAAAUAUCACACGUGGACGUCGGGGAUUUUCUCAAGAAAAUCAGAAAAGCGAUUGGGUAAGACAAAGCAAGAAGAAAUCCCAGCUCUGCCACCUUUGACUCGAUUGCCGAGCGACAAGUUGAACGAAAUCUUUGAUGCUGAUGACACCAUUGUGAUUCGCAACCCGUCGCCUGUAUCAACUCGAGUUCGAGCUCCAGUCCAGAAUGUUGCUCCAGCACCCACUUGGACCACUGGCCAUCUUGAGGAGCAGAUUACAAGCCCGGUUCUUGAUUUGGAUGCCGCCUUGGGGCCUUUUGGGAGUGAGGAGAAGUUGGGGCAUGACGGGACAGUCGGAACGGGGCCAUCCUCGAGAUUGGCCAAGCUUCACAGUAGUGAACGACGAGGCAAUGUGGAUGCUUUUGGUACGGUUCAUAGGAGAACUGAAUCGGCUCCAAUCAUGCCUGCUGUCAAUCGAUCGGCCUUCAGCGUCCAUCGUAUUGGCAGCAAUGCCUCCCUCGCCGAGGAUGUCUUUGACGAAGAAGAGGAAGAUAAUUUUCUUGCUGAGGAAAACGCGAAUACCGCAGGUCAGGGCGCUUCUAUGGAUGACCACAGCAACUUAUCGUCGAAGAAUUCUGGCGAUGCAACAAACUCAGCUACUCAGGUAGGCCUUUCAACUCCAGAUUCCAAAACGGCAGAGGGACUCGGUUUGCCCAUCGGAAACGAGUCUGGUGAUGGGGUCAUCAUUGUCGAUGCAGAAGAAGAUAUCACUCGAGUCGACGCUAGAUCUUCCAAUUCAACCAUCGAAGCUCCCGUGUUCCCAGACCUCGAAGGUGAAAAGCGCCCAAUGUCUUCUCCGAUGGCCUUCGCAUAUCCUACACCACAAUCACAUUACGCUUCUUCUACAGAAGGACGUACAACUUCAGCUUCGAUGAUGUCAUCACCCGACGCGGACCACGUCUCAUUUGACACGCUCUCCCGCCCCAACCGAUUCCUGGGUGAACCAAGUCCAGAAUUUGUGCUUCGUGCCUCCAAUGACGAUCUUCCUUCCCUCAGUGACAGCAUUUCGAGUGGUGCGCUCCCCAGAUUUUCCAGCAGCGCUGGUACAAGGUCCUCAGUUGAACAACGUUCUGCGUCAAUGAUUGUACCUUCAACCUCGAGGUCGAAUAAUCAACAAGCAUGGAAACGAGCAAGCUUAGCCAGUCUGAAUCGCUUGAUUCCGGGUUCCUCUAAUGGUAGCAAGCUCAAAUUUGAGACUGUUCCCGAUACGGCUGUGAUAGAUGAAAAGAGCAGGAGGAAGACGAAUCGAAUCAGCAAACUCGUGCAUUUCUGGCGAUCAAAGGAGAAGGCAGAGAACACAUGCAAUUAA